UUAACUUUCCAGAACAAACAUGACUGUGUAGGUUCACUGUGAGUGAAACUGGUAAUUGACAGAUGACAGGAUUUGAAAGCGGAAAUGCCAAAAAAGCUCUGGCUAUGUAAAACGUUAGUACACAGUCCAUUAGCAAUACGUCAUUAGCAACAAAUAAAAUCUGCUAUUAGCCACAAGCUAAAGGUUUUUCUCAUUUUUAAGCGUCGAUCUCACAGUAAGAUUUAAUUCUGUCACCGUCACAAGACCGAUGGCGAACAUUUCCAGACCCGGAGAUGCAACCUUCACAAGCAAACUGAACCAAGCACUCAGCUCACCACCAGCGAGCAUUAUUGAAUUGUUCUCAACUUUGAACAUUUUUCUUUCAAUCACCGCAUCUCUGAGCAAUGCUCUGAUCCUUAUUGCUCUUCAUAAAGUCUCUUCUAUUUAUCCUCCGACGAAACUAUUCUUUCGAUGUCUGGCGAUCACUGAUCUUGGAGUUGGCCUUCUCGUGCAACCACUUUAUGUAGCCGUUAUUAUGUCUCCCUUGAUAAAGAUUAAUGCUCAUGAUGUUUCCUACCUUUUUCAAGUAACUUUUGCUUUAAGCUGGUGUUUGUGUGGAGUAUCUAUCUUGACGUCGGCCGGAAUUAGUGUGGACAGACUUCUCGCCCUGUUGUUGGGACUGAGAUACAGACAUGUCGUAUCAUUAAGGCGAGUUCGUGUAGUUAUAAUUUGUUUUUGGUUAAUUGGGGCUUUAGGUGGAGCCAUUCGGAUGAAGAGAAUUGAUUUAUCCUUCAAGGGAGCCUUUGUUAUUUUGACACUUUCUCUCACAAUUACGAUUUUCUGUUACACAACGAUCCACCUCAAACUACGACAUCAACAAGCCCAGCUACAUGACAAUGUCUCCCAAGGCCCGGUGGCAAUCGGAGGAGGGAUUCCACUGAAUAUAGCAAGAUAUAGAAAGUCAGUUUCCAGCAUAUUGUGGGUGCAGUUAGCUUUAGUUACCUGCUAUAUUCCGUCAGGUAUUGGGCUCAUGCUAUCUGUAAAUUACAUGGCUGGGAGAGCCACGGAGACUCUAGUCUUCAUAAACUCGUCCCUAAAUCCGAUCCUGUAUUGCUGGAAAAUCCGAGAAGUAAAACAGGCAAUGAGAGAAACAAUCAGACAGUUUUACUGUUUUUAACCGCUAAAUAUAUUCCUUGUAGCACUAAAAAUUACCCUUUUUAAAAUCUAGUCUAUUUGGUUUUGUAAUUUAAGUACUUAUGCAAUGCCAAAUUGUAAACUAACAUGUGACUUGCCUUUUUUUUUUUUGAACUCAUUUAUCCAAAGUUCAAUUAAAAGCUAUGUUCAAUAGUCGUUGUAGAGGACAGAAUAGCGCUGGUUAACAAUAGAGAACCACAGGCGUAUUUAUUUUCCUAUUUGCAGAAUUCUGUCCAAUGGACAUACCAUGUGAAAAUAAAAUUUAACUAGCUCCUACCACUUUAAGUAGUUUCUCGGUGGAAUUCGUCUUUUUUUGCUGGAAAACGGCUUGCCUGAAGAAAGGGUUGUUUUCCACCGGAUUUGACUCCAACAAAGUUAGCCAGGAACGCAUAAGGAACCUUUGAACACCCGUCACUGAGAAUGUUUGUAUUUCGAGGCACGUCGAAAAUCUCAGACCAACGGGAAUGUGCUUCAAUGAAAAUUAAGUUGUGCUUCUCAUCUUCUGUGAAAUUGAUGUGAACGCUUGACACAUCCAGGGCGACUAAUAAUAUAGUGCCACAGUGACCUGUCGGUUUGAACUGAUUUAUUAAACUUUUAAAAGCUUUACUAGGCCCUCGGUUAAUAGAGCAGGAGUCAGUAGUGCUGGACAACAGGAAAAAAUUUUAGAUUUUAAACUUUAAUUCUAAAUAACUUAUUUUAAUAUUGUAAACAAUUUAUCGUCUCCCCAA